AUGACCCAAACACUAGAUGUUGCAGAAAAUUCUUGGUAUUUAUUCAACAUUAAACAAGCUGGAUUUUAUCGUGUUCAUUAUGCCGACAAUAACUGGGAACUAUUGACAGAACAGUUGUAUAAAGACCACCGUGCUAUUCCACUUCAUUCAAGAACACAAAUUUUGGAUGACUUGUUCAACUUAGCAAAUCGUGCUACUGUCUCAUACGAUGUCUACUUAAAUCUGACAAAAUAUUUGAAAAAAGAAGAUCAGUAUGUUGUAUGGGAAACGACUCGACGAGCACUAUCUUAUUUAGACCGUAUGCUUGCCAUGGACGAGAGUUAUGGAGCUUUUCAAGCAUAUUUGCGUACGCUUGUAGAUGAUCCUCUUAAAUCAGUGGACUGGACAACAAUGAAAGAAGACAAAGAUCAUAUGAAGCAUAUGUUGCGCCUGACAUUAACUCGUCUAGCAUGUCAAGCUGAACAUCAUUCAUGCGUUAAAAUGGCUACAGAAUAUUACAGAAAUUGGAUGCUUAAUCCUUCACAAAAUUUGAUCCCACCAAGUUUGAGGCCAGCUGUUUAUUGCACAGCAAUUAGAAUCGGUGGACAAAAAGAAUGGGAGUUCUUAAAACAACGUUUAUUAGAAGUGGAUAUUAAAGAGGAUGAGAAAAAUAGUAUUUUACAGGCAUUGUCUUGUUCUCGUGAUAUGUGGAUAGUAAGACUACAUUUGGAAUGGGUCAUAAAAAAUAAUCAAAAGGAUCCUCAGGAUUUACUGGAUGCACUUUCAUCUGUGGCAUUGUAUCCUAUCGGCCAGACACUUCUAUGGGAACAUAUUCGUGAAGCGUGGAGAUUUAUAAUGAAUGAGUAA